CCGUGCGGGGAUUUAUGGUGUAGGGGUGGUCAGGGCUUCCCGGGAGCCGGCCUUUGUGCGUAGCGUGAGGCAGACGGGACGGCGGGACAGGCGUCUCGGGGCGGUGAGGUCAGGCGCGUGGCUAAAGGACCUCCUCAUCUUUACAGGGCCUGGAAGUUAAAACCCCGCCUUCGACCCGCGGAGUUUGUCUCCAUACUUCUGUCUCUUCCUGACCUUCUGGGAUCUCUGCCUUUCCAGGAGGCCAUGGAUACAUCGACACCUUUGCCUCCCUCAUCCUCCUCUCCGAUCUGCAACCCAGCCCGAAGGACGAUCCAGAUCGAGUUCCCUCAGCAUAGCUCAUCGCUGCUGGAAUCUCUGAACCGUCACAGGCUAGAGGGAAAGUUCUGUGAUGUAUCUCUUCUGGUGCAGGGCCGAGAACUCAGAGCACACAAAGCAGUGUUGGCUGCUGCUUCUCCUUACUUCCACGACAAACUGCUUCUGGGGGAUGCACCACGACUCACCCUGCCAAGUGUCAUUGAAGCUGAUGCUUUUGAGGGGCUGCUUCAACUCAUUUAUUCUGGGCAUCUCCGCUUGCCACUGGAUGCUCUCCCUGCCCAUCUCCUUGUAGCCAGUGGCCUUCAGAUGUGGCAAGUAGUAGAUCAGUGCUCAGAGAUUCUUAGACAACUAGAAACUUCAGGUGGUGGAAUUUCAGCCCGUGGAGGAACCUCCUACCAUUCAGUUCUUUCCACAUCUUCUCCAGGAGGUUGGUGUAUUCGCUCUUCCUCUUUCCAGGCUCCAGUGCAGUCCUCUGCUUCUACUGAGAGUCCUGCUUCUACUGAGAGUCCCAUUGGAGGAGAGGAGAGUGAACUGGGAGAAGUGUUACAAAUUCAGGUGGAGGAAGAAGAGGAGGAGGAGGAAGAUGAAGAUGAAGAAGAGGAGGACCAGGGGUCAGCAGCCUCACUCUCUCAGGCUCCUCAACCUCAGAGGGUAUCAGGGGCUUUUGCCCAUACUCGAGGAUCUCACCCACUCAUACCUGCUCCUCCUCGCAGGCUUCCAGAGAGUGAGAGUGCUACAGUUGAGCCUCCUGCCCCUCCUACUGCACUGUCUCCCAAAAUCUUCUACAUUAAGCAGGAACCCUUUGAACCCAAGGAGGAGAUACCAGGAGUUGGAACUCAAUCUGGAGGAGCAAAGGAGGAGACCAAAGCAUUUACUGGAGGGGAUGCUGAAGGAAAUGGGGAGCUAAGGUUCUUAUUGCCCUCGGGAGCAGGGACAACAUCUGGGGGAGGAGGUCCAUCCUGGAAACCCGUGGAUCUUCAUGGGAAUGAAAUUCUGUCAGGGGGAGGAGGACCUGGAGGAGCAGGGCAGGCUGUACAUGGCCCUGUGAAGCUAGGGGGGGCACCCCCUGCAGAUGGAAAACGCUUUGGUUGUUUGUGUGGGAAGCGGUUUGCAGUAAAGCCAAAACGUGACCGACAUAUCAUGUUGACCUUUAGCCUUAGGCCUUUUGGCUGUGGCAUCUGCAACAAGCGUUUCAAGUUGAAGCAUCAUCUGACAGAGCACAUGAAGACCCAUGCUGGAGCCCUUCAUGCCUGUCCCCAUUGUGGUCGUCGGUUCCGGGUCCAUGCCUGUUUUCUUCGCCACCGGGACCUGUGCAAGGGUCAAGGCUGGGCCACUGCCCACUGGACUUACAAGUGACUGCUAAAGCCAUAUACCAACUUCUAGGACAGUAUAGCCACUGCUGCUGAUGGAUUCUUACCCUCUUGUUUUUGGGUAUGGGUCUCAGCCUGACAGAUUGGGAAGCUCAAGAUUUCUCAUCCCAGGUCUUUGUUAACCACCCUAUAGAAAAGUGG